AUGAGUCAUUCUCCGGCAGCCAAUUACGCCGACAGCUACGAUGAGAGCUACGGAGAUAGCUUUGCGGCAUACUACGGUGACGAUUAUACGAACGGUGCAUCUUCGUCAACACAGCAAACGUCAGAGCCUUACCGCGGAAGCAUUGACUGGUCCCAGUAUGACUAUGUCCCUACCGAGGACGGGGGCUACUGGCAGAUGAAACCGCGAUAUGUUCCUGCAGGACAGUUUCCAGCAGUGAUACCCCACCAAGGGGGUCAAGAGCAACAAGAAGCGGUGGACUACAAGUUCCCCUGUCUGGAGGCGGGGUGCACAGCGAACCCGUUCAAGCGCAAAGCCGAUCUCGAGAGGCAUUACAGACAAGUCCACCAAGACCCGUCCAAGAAAGAAGCUCACAAGUGCGACUACCCAAAGUGCUCGCGGAAAAACGAGCCGUUUGGACGACGAGACCAUUUCCGGGACCAUCUGCGAGAUUACCACAACGAGGACAUCUUCAAGCGAGGCACGCACGUGGAAGACAGCUGGCUCAAAGGACGCAACCUCUCGUCGCGGUGGUGGCGGUGCUCGAAAUGCCUGAUCCGAGUCGACGUCAACUCGUACCCCGACCACGUCUGCCCAAAGUGCAAAAAUCCAUGCGAAGACAAGCGCAAGCGUGCGAGAGGCUGGCACUGA